AUGCUUAACGCAACUAUUUGGAAUGCGCGUGACACGAUCUGUAAUUUAUAUAUCGAAGAACUAACUGAUGAGCAAUUAAUUGAUAAUUAUUAUUGUCGUACAUGUGGCCAUCUCAAAGGUGAUCAUACACAUGCUCUCACUGACAUUCAAAAAUUGAAUACACGAUUCCCGGAGAUAGAUAAUAUUGAAGAAGCAACGUUAUCGAUUAAAUCGAAAAUUGGUAAUAUUCAAAUUGUUGUCUACCCACCCGUUAAUACAAAGAUCGAACAAGACUCUUCAGAAGAUUCUGGCGACAGUAGUUUCGUAUCUAACUCUGAUGAUAAUUUCACAACGUUAAGUAAACAACAAGCUUCAGUUAUCAUAGACAAGAUCUGGACACAAUUACAAGAAGAACAGCUCUCUACAAGACAAUCUGAAUUAGAUGAAACGUGUUUGACUCUCAAUAAUCAAACAAUACAUUGGAAUGAAUGCAUCUAUAGUCAAACGAGACCACCAACUGGUUAUAGUUUAUGGAUAUCAAUGCACGGCGGUGGUUCUUGUCCUGCUCCUGUUAAUGAUGAACAGUUUCGUAAUCAAAUUAAUCUGUAUAAUCCAAAUGAAGGUAUUUGGGUAGUACCUCGAAGUCCUACUGAUAGUUGGAAUCAAUGGCAUCAAGAACAUAUUGAUGUAUUAUUCGAUCGAAUUAUCGAAAAUUAUAUUAUGGUUAAGGAAAUUAAUCCUAAUCGUGUCUAUAUCUUAGGUUAUUCUGCAGGUGGUGAUGGUGUUUAUCAACUUGCUCCACGUAUGGCAGAUCGUUUUGCAGCUGCUGCUAUGAUGGCCGGACAUCCGAAUGAUGCUUUACCUUAUGGUUUACGUAAUUUACCUUUUGCUAUAUUUGUUGGUGAAAAUGACAGUAGCUAUAAUCGAAAUAAAAUGGCACAACAAUGGUCUGAACAACUUGAUACUUUACAAAAGUCGGAUCCUGACGCAUACCAUCAUUAUGUGAAUAUAUGUAGUAAUAUGGGUCAUUGGAUGUGUGGUAAAGACGCUGAAGCACUUACAUGGAUGUCACAAUGGACUCGUAAUCCAUGGCCAAAGAAAGUUGUUUGGGUUCAAGAUGAUGUUACUCAUCAUCAUUUUUAUUGGAUUUCUUUGCCUGAUACUAUCGAACCAAAGCAAGGUCAAAAAAUUACAGCCGAAGUAAAUGAACAAACUAUUACUAUUUGUACUUUUGAAGGUAUUCAACAACUAACUCUACGUCUCUCCGAUGCUCUGCUUGAUCUAGACCAAUCAAUCAAUGUUUAUCUCGAUGGACAUGGUAUGAUUUUUCAAGGUCGUGUCUCACGUACUGAACAAGCAAUUAAAAAUUCUUUCAGUAUUCGUGCUGAUCCAGCAUGUGCUGCUACUGCUCUUCUUGAACUUUCUUGGUAA